AUGAAAGUCAUCAGCAUGACGAUUAAUGUUUAUAAAAGGGUGUACAAUUUCUUCAAAACCGACCAACAGGCUCAAAUUAAUGGAGCAGAGAACUUCAUUUGGGCGCACAAGGGAUUUUACGAACAUAUGGGGAUUACUCUGUUUCCGCACGGCUCAAGACCAUCGAGUUCUAAUUCUGAAAGAUCUCGGUAUAGGAGUAGACUGUAAGAUUUAAAAAACGUAUUUUUAUAGCGCUUUUAAAGGACCACGCGACGUCAUAGCAAAACUUUGACGUUCUGUCGCAAAACGCGUCCAAAAUCAGGCAAUUUGUGGCGAAGUCUCGAUUUCAACUUUGUUUAACCUCAAGCUUGGGUUUAUUAACCUGCCAGAUCGGUUUCCAAGAGUUUAUUGACCCAAGUUUUGAGAUUUAUAAACACAAGUUUGAGGUUAAACAAAGUGGAAGCCGAGACUUCGCCACAAAAUUUCAAUAAAAAUUACUUUUCUCAAAAAGCGUGCCGAGCUGGUUUCCAACGGAAGUUUUCCACUAGGAACCGACCUGGCCAGUUUUCUUUGCCAAAUUGCCUGAUUGUUGGCAUAGAACGUCAAAUUUUGCGAGGACGUUUCGUGGUUUUUUAAAGAAAAUAUGUUCAUAGCGUUUUUAACGUUCUCAUUGAGCGUUUUUGUUUCGCUGAAUACUCAGUAGAAUAGUAUCUAAUCCUUUUUUUAUUAUAUACUUUUUACAGAAUUUGGUUCUUGAAUCUUAAUGCUAUUUUUCAGAUCCUCGUCCACUUCUUUUUAG